AUACAGUUUUUUUUUUAUUGUCAGCUUGACAGUUCCAAGAAUCAGCUUAGCAGUACAAUUCUGAUAAUUGGGUUCUUAGAAAAAAAAGGAGUGACAAUGGUUUUUUUUUUAAUUGAAUGCAGCAAUGAAAAAAGAGAGAAGCGGCUGGGCUGUGUUAAUGGUGUGAUAGUAUAAAAGUGUCAUGAGGAAGUCAAACAAGAAGGAAUGAGUGUGGACUGGAGCUAAAAGUGUUUUGAAUUUCUGAACAGUGAUUCUCCUGUUUGACUGAAUAGACACUGGGUGUUUGUUCAAGAAAAGGAAAGAGGAUCAGCACAGAAGUUUAAGAGGCCAUGGAUGCUGAAAAAGUGAUUGAGGUGGAGAUGAAAGCGAUCACUCCAGAGGUACAAGAUGAUAAGGAUGUUGAGAAAGGCAAAAUGGAAGAAACAAAAGAAUCUGAGAACGGAGCAAAAGUCAAAGAAGAUAAAAAAGAAAAAGAUGUAAAAGAAGAAGAAUCCAGUGUGUACUGCAAAUUGAAGACUCCAACAGAAGAUAUUUAUAAUACUUCAGUGCCUUCUUCAUCUUCCAAAACCACUGAAGAAGCUGAGAAAGGAGCAAAAGUCAAAGAAGAUAAUAAAGAAGAAUCCAGUGUGUACUGCAAAUUGAAGACUCCAACAGAAGAUAUUUAUAAUACUUCAGUGCCUUCUUCAUCUUCCAAAACCAAUGAAGAAGUUGAGAUAAAGGUAGAAGAAGAAAAAAAGAAAGAAAAAGAAAUAGAAGAAGAAAGUAAUGUGUACAGCAAACUGAAGAGUCCAACAGAAGAUAUUUAUAAUCCUUCAAUGCCUUCGUCUUCCAAACGUUACAAAGAGGGUAAAAAAGAAGAAGAAAAUGAAGAAGCAGAAGAUGUGUACUGCAAACUGAACGAUCCAGCAGAAAAUGUUUAUAUGACUACGAUGUCCAAAGAUAUUUACAGGAGAGCUCAUUUGUACAAGAAGAUUGCUGCUUUUUUCAUCGUUCUCUCUUUGCUCUUGCUGGCUGUGGUUCUUGCUCUGGCUAUGAAGUCAAAUGUGAAGUGUCCAGAGAGUGCUGAACCUAAUUGUGAACUAUGUCAGACCACGUGUCCUCCACUAAAGGGCAUCCGAGAGUGUCACUGCUCUGAGUGUGAUGAAGAUUGGGAGAUGUUUGAGAACUCUUGUUACUUCUUUUCUGAUGACCGCCUAAACUGGCAGGAGAGCAGGGAGGCAUGUCAGAAACUUGGUGGAGACCUGGUUGUUAUUGACAAUGAACGUGUGCAGAGGUUUCUAACCGAGGACAGGGGCAUGUUGUACUGGAUUGGGUUCCAUUAUUCAGAAGAUCAGAAAUGGAUGUGGAUUAACAAUACUGCACCAACCCAGAGCUUCUGGUCCAAUGGCCAGCCAAAACCAGACGUUCAAGGCUCCUGUGCACUGCUAAAUUCAGGGACAUCAGACCUGAGCAACUGGCUUUCAAACCCCUGUACAGUGAUAUCACAGUACAUCUGCCAGAAGUGUUAAAAUUGGAGAAUGCCAACCAUAACCAUCACAUAUAUCUGCUACAGUUGCCUUCAAUAUCUUCAUUUUACUGUUAUACUUACCUUUUACAAAUGCAGUUCAUGAAUAAUAACAAAUACAGAAUCAGCACAUAAAACAAUCCUGUUCUGUGGUGCACAAUCAAGUAGAUAUGCUAUGUAUUUUUUAUGAUUGGGAAAAUGUGACAUGCUAAACAUAUUCAUUGAAAAGGAUUCUGUGCUUAUAUUACUUCUAAAUUGUAAUGCUAUUACUUGCACUGUUACAAAAUAAUUUUGCACUGAUUUCUAUAAAACAUUAUGCUAAGUUUGCAGAAUGUAUUAUAAUAUUAAAUAUAGCUACCUUUAAAAUAGUAUAGAGAUGUUUGUUUAUGCAUUUUGUUAUGCCUCUGUGACUAGGUGGUUGACAGGGUUUUAGUUUUUCUUUAGUAUUCUGUUUGAAUUUUAUUUUAUAUGCCAAUUGUUAGAUUAAUUUACAGUGCUUUUGUUUAUUACAAUUUUUUUUGUGUUUGUGUGUAAAACAUGAUGAUAUAAACAUAACUAUAUUAAAGUCUCUAUUAAAGUUAUUUUGAAUUAUU